AUGAAUGUGGAAAUUGAAAUGUCUGGUGCACCGAACCUGAAUGCCGGUCUCGCAAAUCGCCAAUCCCGGAGUCCCAGGGUCAAUGACGCCCUUAGCAGCGUCCCGGAUGAAGUCACGACGGCGACCGUCUAUCAAUUCCCCCCUUUGCCUCCUAUUGAUCAGACGAGAUCAGUGGAAGGGCAGCCUUCUCAGAGCAUGGUCUCGGAGUCUGCCCAUCUGCCGCAAUCUUCAUCCCAACGCAUAACACGGCCGCCUUCCUAUGUCUCUGCUACCUCAAGCCACAAUGAUGGACCUCUCGCAGCGUCGAGUCUCCCGGUCACCAAGCAUGCUUACUCGACUUCAUACAGUGAAGCGAGCAAUCACCCUCAAGCGAGCUAUCUGGGGGAAUCGGGCUAUAUGCCAUUCCUCAAUCAUGAACAACAUACGUCCAGCAAGACUGGUGGUGGCCCAGUCACCAUCGAAAUUCGCCAGACCGUCAACCCUUUGUCUCCCGCCCUGCGAAAGUCUUAUACUGAGAUCUUUAUUAAACAUUGCUUCACCUUCUGUCCUGUACUUGAUCCUUCUCUGCUCGCGCUACCCGAGUUUGAGAACUCUCUUGCCCUUCAGCAAUCGAUUGGCUUGAUUGGAAGUGUCAUCCAGCCUUCUCUGCUUCACGGAGAUACACCCGCCGCGUACUACGAAAAUGCCAGGUUGUUGAUCCAAGGUGGCUACGAGCCCAACCCACUCGCGGCUUUGAUGGCUGUCAUGCUUUUCUACUGGUUUGCUGCCGCCCCGCCCACCGUGAUCAGCAUGAACGGCGUAUGGUGGUGGAUAGGAGUCGCUGUUCGUCAGGCUCAGGAGCUGGGCCUGCAUCGUGAAUGCAACGCCGGUCAGACCUUUCGACCCGGAGAAAGUAUUGGGCUACGUCAUCGAAUAUGGUGGACUCUAUUUGCUAGGGAGAGACUUACCGCCAUCUGUCAAGGGAGGCCGUGCAUUAUCAACCCGAGAGAUUGUGACGUCCGUGAACCGUCACCGACCGAUUUCCCUGACCCGGACGACCCCAGGGCGAUGGUUUUCGUGCAAUGGGUCCGACUUUGCGCCAUCGUGGGUAGGGUAGGCGACCACCUUCGUCGAAAUCCAAAUGGGGCGCAAGUGGCCCAUGAGCGUCUUGAAGAGUUGAGGAAAUGGGCACAGAACCUACCCGAGUCAUUGCGUUUGCCCUUUACCCGGGCCACAAGUACGGAACUAGAUGCAGACCUCUAUCAGCUUCACCUGCCAUACCUGUCAUGCAUUGCGCUCCUCCACAUGAAGAAGUCGAGCCAGGCUUUGCCCAAGGCUUACACACCAGCACUUCUAGCCGCGUCGUGCACCGCACGAAUCUUUGAGGAGAUUCUGGUUAGAGGUUCAUUACGGUUCCUCCAAGGUAUGGCUGGGUGGCACAUUGCGAUAGCCCUAAUGGCCCUGCUACACGUGCGGCAGGUCGGACGUUUACAGGAAGCGGCUGACGAGCAUAUCCGCGUUCUGCGAGUGGCGCUGCGAGAGUUGGCCCGACGAUUUGACUCCGCCAAAAUGUAUGACCGGAGCAUUGAGAACCUUCUCAAUGCGCAGCAGAGACACAACGCGCUUCUUGACCCGCAAGAGGAGAGACCACAGCAUUUCUCUGACGAGUCGCCUGUCGUUAUGAAUCAGGAAGUGGAUCCUGUUCUGCAGGAUGAACAGCAGGAUUGGUUGAAGUACUUCCCUGGCCUUCCCACCAACCUGAGCCCGUUGCUCGAGAUCCUGUUGGUCAAUAAUCAGCCAACCCUGUUUUCGGAUUUCGGCAGCGGCAAUGAUCUCAGCUAUCUGCUCUACGACAUUUUCGAUAAUCCUCUAGAUGGCAUCAAUGGCGGACCGUCUGAUCAUCUCGCUGGUUGGGGAAUGAGCAUGACCAACGGUUCAUUCAUUUAA